AUGCACGUCGCGUCGCGCGUCGCGUGGACGCCCGUCGCGGCGCCGCGCGCGGCGCGGCCGCGUCGCGCGUCGCCGCCGACGACGACGAGCGCGCGAAGAAGACGCGUCACAAACGGCGUCGUCGUCCCGCGCGGACUCCGCGAAGAAGUCGGCACGGACGCGUUCGCGGACGCGCUGCGCGUGCUCGGCGGCGGGAAGGAGCCGCCGCGACGACGCCGCGACGACGCCGCGACGCGUUCGACGGACCGCGGGAAGAAGCGCGAGGGCGACGCCGCGAAGACGCCCGCGGCGUCGGCGUCGGCGUCGGGCGAGAAGCGCCGAUCGGGGAAGAACGACGAGAAGACGUCGUCGUCUUCCGACGCGACGACGAAGACGACGACGACGACGACGAAGACGAAGACGACGACGAAGACGCCUCGUCCCCUGAAGGACGGCGCGCGAGAGGAGGAGCGAUCGAAACCGAAACCGAAACCGAAGCGCGGGAGACGAGGACGACGCGGCCGCGGCGGGGGAGCGAGCGCGAACGCCUCGACAUCGCGCUCCGACGACGUCGCGCGCGAGAACGACGACGGAUGGCGAAAGAGCAGCAAAGAGCAGCUCGCGAUGCGCGUCGACGCGUUCGCGUCGCACGCGGAGGCGUUGCUCGCGCUCGAGCGCGAGGCGGAGGCCGCGUCCGCGGCGAAGCUGAUCCAAGAGAGCUGCGUCGAGACCGCGGAGGGGCCCUACGACGUCCUCGCGGCUGUGGGCGAGGGGACGUCCGUGGGAAGAACCGGCGCGCUGAUGGAGGGAUUGCAGCUCGUCGCGACGUCGCCCGGUCCGGGGAACAAGAGCGUGUUUUUCAACCUGAGGGCGAUCGACGGGAAGGCGCUGCCGCCGUCCGCGAUCGGCAUCGGCGACCGCGUCGCGGUCGUCGUCGUGACCGGGGACGCGUGCGCGAUCGGCGACGGUUCGAAUCCAGGAAACGACGGUUCGAAUCCGAACGACGAGCGCCGGCCGCUCAUCGAAGCCGUCGUCUACAAAAUCGAAUCGACGGCCGGCAAAGUCACCAUCGAGAUCGACAAGGCGACCGCCUCAGACGAGCCCCUCGCCGGGCAAGUGCUGCGGCUGGUGAGGAUCCCGGACGCGGUGACGUACGAGAGGCAGCUCGCGGCGCUCAAGACGCUGCGGAACGUCCCGCGCUCGAGGACCAAACCGCACGCGCCGAGCUUGAACAUCGUUCGCGCGCUGUUCGCUCGCCGCCGAUGUCCGCCGCUCGCGACGGCCCCCCAGGGGGACGAGGGCAGCACGGAGGCGACCACCGCCGCCGCCUCGGAGGAGGAGGAGGCGUCCGCGAUCGACGUCGACGCGAUGGACGCGAUGAACGCGAACGCCGGCGUCGUCGGGUUCUUCGCCGCCGCCGUCGCCGACGACGCGGACUGGGGGAAGAAAAAAAUACGCCGCGUCGACGUCGACGCGCUCCCGCCGCUGAAACGCCGGGAUGGGCGGGGUCGCUCGAAGGGUUCGAACCCCGAGGAUUCUUCGAGCGACCCUGCUUCUUCUUCGAUCGACGACGACGACGACGACGUCGACGACGGCCUGGACGACGCGCAGAGGCUCGCGGUGCGCGCCGCGUUGACGGAGAGCGCGCCCGCGGUGAAAAGCUCCAGGGGGAUAGUAAACGACGUAGGCCUAUAA